UAUUUAUUAUUAUUAGAGCCGGUUUCUUUGUAUCCUAUCGCUGAUCCAAAGGCAAUUGGCCACCCACGACUUUGCUGUGCCUCCGCGUUGAAAUUUGCCUUCUCUUUGUAAAAACAGCAAGAGGUUGUUUGGAUUUCCUUUGCACUGCAACUGCUACUGUUACCUGCACCAGUCUAAUUUCUAUUAGGAAUCUCAAUUGAUUGCUCAGCAUCUCCUUUAUUAAACUCUUCGUUACACUCAUUCACAUAAUGUUUGGUUCAAAGAAAUCUCCCUUGAAGAUUUCUAAGCAUACCAGGGUUGACCCUGAAUGUCCAGCUCCUUCCCGGCCAAACCCUUUUGAUUCUGAUGACGAGUUUGACACCAAGAAAACCCUUAAACCUUCAAGAAAAACUUCUUCUGAACCCAAUCUAACUGCACCCUGUUUUAGCACUAAUCCUUUUGAUGGUGACGAGGAAAGAGGGUCCUCGGCUUCAUCCACAUAUUUCCUUGCUUCAGCAGCAAGACAUAAGUACAAUAAUGAUUUCCGUGAUUCAGGAGGACUGGAGAACCAAUCUGUUCAAGAAUUGGAGAAUUAUGCUGUUUACAAGGCUGAGGAGACCACAAAAUCAGUAAAUGGCUGCUUGAAGAUUGCUGAAGACAUGAGAGAGGGUGCAACAAGAACUUUGAUCACCUUGCAUCAACAGGGUGAGCAAAUUACCAGGACCCACGAUGCUGCUGUUGAGAUCGAUCAUGAUCUUAGUCGGGGUGAGAAGCUUUUGGGAAGUCUUGGGGGCAUGUUCUCUAAAACUUGGAAGCCGAAAAAGAAUCGUCCAAUUACAGGCCCUGUUAUCACAAGAGAUGCUUCACCUCAAAGGAGAGGUAACCACUUGGAGCAGAGGGAGAAGUUGGGGUUGAAUCCUGCACCUAAGGGACAGUCUAGCAUGCAAACACCCCUUCCUGAGCCAACCAACGCAUUCCAGAAAGUUGAGUUAGAGAAGUCGAAGCAAGAUGAUUCAUUGUCUGAUUUGAGUAAUAUAUUAGGAGAGUUGAAGAAUAUGGCGGUUGACAUGGGGACCGAAAUUGACAGGCAAACCAACUCUCUGGAUCAUCUCCAGAAUGAUGUGGAUGAGCUAAAUUACCGUGUCAGGGGUGCUAAUCAACGUGGUCGUCGUUUGCUUGGAAAGUAGAGGAUAGGUGGUUGCACGCAGUACUGAUCUGCUUGGUUUCUCUCCUUUUACCAUUUUAUGUAAUUCCUACACACAUUUGGGAUUUGGCAAUAUGCCCUGAUUUUUUAGUGGAUUUUGGAACUGAUA